UUUUUUUUUCUUUUUCCAGAAAUAUGUCAAUUCAAGACCACUAAUACGACCAUAUUCUCCAGCAAAAUCUCCCUUUUGUCAAUCUGCUGUAAAGGAAAGCAGACUUUGGUUGACUCUCAUUUUAGGCGCGGGAGCAGGAAAAUCAGCCGUCGUCGCCCCGUGCAAGGGCGGGCAUGGCUGAAGUUAGAACACGACGCCCCAACGACGUGGAGGAUAUUGACGGAACUUUUAGUAAAUCGGAGUUCCUGGAUUACAUUGGUACUAAACUUCACACGUCCGUAAGCACCUCUCGCAAAAGUUUUCGAGUUUUCUGGGACGAGGAAGAUGAUGAAUCAGAUAGGCAUCAGACACUCUUUUCCCAGGUGGGUCCACCUUUACUUCCUCCUCCCAUUGUCAAGGACAAGAUCAAAACUGCGCUGCAGCAUGUAGAUCUCCUGUAUAAUCGAGCAAUGCUAGCUCAGUUCUGGGUGCCGGUGAUGAUCGGGGGACGACGAUUCCUGAAAUCCUCAGACCAGCCUUUUGGGUUGACUUGCUUAAGGAAAGGACUAUGUUCGUACAGAAAGCUGUGUCUGAAUUAUUACUACUGUACGGAUAAUACCUGCAGUAGUGAUGGUGGUGCUGAUUAUGUGGAUGUGGAUGUGGAUGUGGACUGGAAUGGCGGAGGAGGGGUAAGAGAAAGCGUGCUUCUCACUGGUCCGCCUUCACGUGUCUUUCUUCGUGGACUGCCGGAGUAUAGCCCAAACGUGGAGUUCUACGCGGACUCGGAAUAUGCUUUAAGGGAUGAGGCUAUGGGCCGUAAGAUAAGUGACUAUAUGGCUGUGCCUGUGUUCGAUCCCAAUUCCCGAGAAUGUAUUGGCGUAAUUGAGCUGCUUUCAACUGCUGACUCAGUAAGAGAGAUGGAUAAUCCUGCAUAUAUAUUUGGGUUAAUCUCGACAGCACUUCAGGUGUUAGAAUUGAGGACUUCAAAUUUUACCAGCCAUUUCGACAUGGAUAGCGAUUUGGAAAAAAGCUCAACAGAUAUAUCCCAUGCACUGUGUGACAUCCACAAAGCAUUAGUUGAGGCAUGCCAAACACACAAGUUGCCUUUUGCUCAGACCUGGAUGCCUCAGUUAGGGAAAUGUCAAAGCUACACAGAUAAUGCCCUUUCAACUACAAGUAACGAAUAUUACCUUGAACACGCAGGAUUCUCUUUGUUUAGAGAUAUCUGUGAAAGUUUUCAGUUAUUGAGAGGGCAAGGGGUUGUUUGGCAGGCAUUUUCUUCAGGUACUCCGUGCUUCUGCGGGGAUAUGACCAAGUUGAGCAUAGCUGACUACUCCUUUGCUCACGUUGGGAAAAAGGUUCUCUUAGACAGUUCUUUAGCAAUUUGUUUAAAGAGCGAUCAUACGGGGGAUCAUGUCUAUGUACUCGAGCUCUUUCUGCCCUUUAGAACUGCCGAUCCUACAAAACUUUUGGAAGCUGUCUUGCUCACAAUGAAGAAGCAUCUCAAUAGUUUCAGACUUGCUUCUGGACCAACAUUGGGGGAUGAGAUGUUUGUUGAAGUUUUUAGAGUUUCAAAAGAAGACAAGCUCGAAUUUUUCACACUGUUUCAUACUACCGGUGGUUCGGAUGGACUGCAGAAUCAGCAACUGUUCCCACAAAAGAACUGGGAAUUUAGUGAUGUAGAUUAUGCAAAGAUAUUGGUCGAUGAAGGAUCAUGGUGGGAUCAAGUGAUUAGUUAUGUAGAUUAUGCCCCUGUUUCUAUAACUAGUCGUGGAACAAGUGAUGAUGUUUUUGGAUGGAAGGAAGACUCUUGUGAUACUCCAUCCGUGAAGGAAGGAAACAGUUAUAUUAAUUCUGCCGCCUCAACAUCUAGAUAUCCAGAACAAGAUAAUUUGGCAAGGCUAGUCGCAGAAGAUGCUCAAUUCAGUGCAUUUCCAAAUCUUGAUGUAGACUUUUGGGAUAAUAAGGAAGGCAUAAGUUCAGCAUCAGAUUUGGACAAACUUGACCGUGAAAAAGUUGAGAAACACUUUGGUUUGAAGCUUAAAGAUGCUGCUGAGAGUCUUAAAGUGAGUCCAUCCACGCUCAAGAGGAAAUGUAGAAAACUUGGCAUCCCAAAUUGGCCGCGCAAGAGAAACCAGGGCACUUGCUUUGCUACAAGCACUGAAUCUAACAAAGACCGCGAAAUACGUAAUGCAGAAUAUGGUCAGGAGGUCUCACAUCCUAAUGUGUCUUCUCAAGAAGGUACAACUUCCAGCAAGCACAAUUCCUCACAAGCUGCAACAAUAGCGAAGGAUAGCUUCAUGAUGAUAAAAGCUGCAUAUGGAGAGAUUAAAAAGAUUAAGUUUCCGCUUCCAUUUUCGUCACCGUUGGUAGAUUUGGAGAUGGAAGCAGCAUCAAGGCUUGAGUUAAAAGUUGGAAAUUUCAAGCUUUGGUAUUUGGAUGAAGAUGAUGACUGGAUAUUGAUAAUCCGUGAUGCAGACUUGAGGAUUAUGGAAUCAAUGGGUAAGAAUACAAUCAAAGUGUCUAUCACUCACGGCGAUGAUUCCCCAUACUAAAAAAAAAAAAAUCACUAAAGCCGAGGGACAAUGAAUGUUUUCACAAAAAAGGAAACAUCCUUGGCACCAUUCUUUUACAUUUGCUGCGUUUUGCAUUAUUCAAUUAGUGAUUGAAGCCUUGAGAUUAGAUUCGUAAAAGUGUACUUGUAAUUUUUUUUUACUGCCUUAUCAUAACAGGGCAACUACACAGGCACCAGCUAGUGCCCAUUUUUGUGCCUGGUGACGAAAGUGGCAGCUCUCUGUCGUGAUGUGGUCUAAAAUUUUUGAUUUGUUAUACCUGAAGGUGGCAGCUCUGUAUCAUGUGAAAAUUUUCUACCAAUUUUUGAUAUAAUAAAUACAGAACCAAC